GGGGAGAAGGAGCGGGAGGAGAGAGAAAGAAGAAGGGGAGAAGGAAGAGGAGGAGGAAGAGGAGGAAGGAAGGAUCCAUGCGCUGGCCCCGAGCCCCGGCCCCCUGCCCGAUGCACGAAGCCCUGGCCCGGGCGCCAGUUAGUGGGCGCUGAAGUGGGUCUGGGCCUGGGCCUGGCUGUCCCUGGAAUGAGAAGGAAGGAAGGAGGGACGGAGGGAACGCCGGCCCUUCCCAAUCCAUCCCUGCCCAGUCCAUCCCUGCCCGCUCGGCCCAUUCGGGCUCUGCCCAGCUUAGUCCAUUCCAGCCCUGCCCGCCCCUUCCCUGCCCAGGGCCCGGGGAGCAUGAGGCUGGUGGUGCCUGGAGGCCGAGGCAGCUAAGGACUGCCAGACCAGAAGGGAGGGAGGGAGGGCAGGAGGGCAGGCAGGCCCAGGAAGCCCUGGGCGGGCCAGCUCGGACCCCAACCCUGACCAUGCUGCGGUUCCCAGUGAAGAAGCUUCGCAAGCAGUUCCGCCUACUGCUGCUGCUCGUGCUGCUGACCUGUGCCGCGUGGCUCACCUAUCUGCACCUGAGCCUCGUGCGCCAGGGCCGAGCCCUUCGGCUGCGCCUCAGUGGAGGCUCCGGCCCAGAUGGAGAGAAGCUGAGUGAGGUAACAGAUGCUGGGAAAGGGGUGGGGGGACCCCAGGUCGUGUCCCCCCCCAAGAGACUGGAAGACUCCAGUGAGAGUCAUGAGGAAGACCAGCUGGUGGAGGGUCGGGAGCUAAGCACCUUCUCUGGCCAGACGGGAAGGUCAUCCCCCCUAAACCUCACCCACCAGGUCCCCCUGUGGCAGGAGGAGUACAGGGGGAAGGUUAACCUGCACGUGUUUGAGGACUGGUGUGGGGCCACUGUGGGGAGCCUGAGAAAGAAUCUUCAUUUCCCACUGUUUCCCCAUACCCGAACUACUGUGAAGAAAUUGGCUGUGUCACCCAAGUGGAAGAAUUAUGGACUGCGGAUUUUUGGCUAUAUCCACCCCAGCAGAGAUGGUGAUGUCCAGUUCUCUGUGGCCUCAGAUGAUAACUCUGAGUUCUGGCUGAGCCCAGAUGAAAGCCCAGCAGGUGCCCAACUCGUGGCCUACGUGGGCAAGACCGGCUCUGAGUGGACAGCGCCUGGGGAGUUCACCAAGUUCAGCUCACAAGUGUCCAAGCCAAAGCGGCUAUCUUCUUCCCGACGGUACUACUUUGAGCUGCUGCACAAACAGGAUGACCGGGGGUCCGACCAUGUGGAGGUGGGGUGGCGAGUUUUUCUUCCCGGCCUGAAGUUCGAGGUCAUCGGCUCCUCUCACAUCUCCCUCUACACAGAUGAGUCAACCCUAAAGAUGGAUCACGUGGCCCACGUCCCCCAGUCCCUGGCCAGCCAUGUGGCCAAGCCAGGCCCGCAGCCCAAGGAGCUAGGAGCAGACAUGCUGAGGCCUGAUGCUCGGGACACCUUCUUCCUCACACCAAGGUUGGAGCCAUCCCAUCUAGAGAACGUGCUGGUACCCUGUGCCUACGCCCCCACCUAUGUGGUCAAGGACUUCCCCAUCGCCCGCUACCAGGGCCUACAGUUUGUCUACCUCUCCUUUGUUUACCCCAAUGACUUCACUCGACUCACACAUAUGGAAACUAGUAACAAGUGUUUCUACCGGGAGUCACCAUUGUACCUGGAGAGGUUUGGGUUUUACAAAUAUAUGAAGAUGGACGAUGAAGAGGACAAGGAUGAAGAGGAUACAGGGCAUGGAGCCUUCCUGUUCCUUGAUCCAGACAGUUUCCUGGAGGAGGAGGAAGAGGAGGAGGAAGCGGAUAGCCCAGAGCCCACAGGAGCCCAGCCCUCCUCAAGCAGGACCACCCCUCCUCCCUGGGGCACUCAGGACCACCAAGGGACCAUAAAGAGCAGCCCCCACCCCCAUCCAAGGAGGGAGAGCCGGCAAACACGUGCCCUGAGCUGGGCCCACACAGCCCCAGCCACACCCCAGAAUCAUGUCGGAGCCUUGUCUACUUCCCUCUUUCUGGGCCGGGCCCCACCCCCUAGGUCUCCUGCACAGGGUGCUGCCCGACGAUCACCCAAGAAGGCAGAGAAAGUGUAUGUGACAAGGGUCCACCCUGGGCAGCACCGGCUCCCUCGGACACGGCCCCCACGGCCCCGGCCCUGGCUAGCCCACGGCCCCUGGCAGCCCCCACUGCCUGGCAUCUUUCUCUAUCCCCGCCCCCUUCAGAGGGUAAAUUUGCGAGCGCUUCGCCAGCCUCCGGGCCAUCGGGCCCCAACAGUUGGUCCCACCACAGCCAGGGCUCUAAGGUCCCCAGAUGCUCUCCAGAGGACCUCCAGAGUCAGCUUCACCCAGAGGGUCCUGGACCUGACCACUGGGCUCACAGGCCUGGCCUCAAACACCUCCUCUGAGGGUGGCGAGCCAGUGACCUCUUUCCUUCAUGUGUCAGAGGUGGCACAGGCCAGGCAGCAAGGGGAAAAGAUGGGGGCGGAGGAGGCUGAGGGUGGCCCAGAGGAGACUGCCACAUCCCAAAACAGUGAAGAGGAGGAGGCUGGUGCCCCACCCAGGGGCUCCUGGCCUGAGGAUGCCAUCAACUGGCAGCGAACCUUCAGCGUGGGCGCCAUGGACUUUGAGCUUCUCCGCUCUGACUGGAAUGACCUUCGAUGCAACGUGUCUGGGAACCUCCAGCUGCCUGAGUCAGAGGCCGUGGACGUUGUGGCCCAGUACAUGGAGCGGCUGAACACCCUGCAUGAAGGGUACCUGGGGCUGGCUGGGGCCAGGCCAGGGGCUGAGGGAUGGGCAUGGCUGCUGCCUCAGCUGCGGUCCCUCACCCUCCUGCAGUGGCUGCCCAUCCCAGGCUCUCUGGGGUCAGGGACAGCUUCCUGGAGAUGA